AUGCAGGGGGGAAGAGACCCAUUCUUUGGUUUUGGUGAUCCUUUCGGUAGUUUUGGAGGCCAAAGAAGUCUAAUCUCUAGUUUUUUCGGUGGAAAUGAUCCGUUUGAUGACCCGUUUUUCACACGUCCCUUUGGAAGCAUGUUUGAGUCGAACUUAUUUGGGUCUAACCGAGGUCCAUUUAUGAAUCCACUUUCUUCUGGGUUUCUUGAACAUCAUCCUGCCCGGCUCAAUUCAUCAAGGGGACCAGUGAUUGAGGAGCUGAAUUCUGAUGAGGAGGCUGAUGAAAAGGAAAGUCGAAAAGAUAAAAAAGAGAAUCCUAGGAAACAUGGAAGAUCUGGCAAGGAGCCUUUCGUGCAAGACCCUGAUGAUGAAGCAACUGAGAAAAAGAGUAAGCAUAUGGCUCGCCAAAGUGAGAUCUACCAGAUGCAAAAUGCAAGGUCACAGCCUCAGACUCAUAGCUUCACUUUCCAAAGUACCACUGUUUCUUAUGGUGGUGCUAAUGGUGCGUACUACACUUCCUCUAGCACAAGGAGAUCGGGCAGUGAUGGAUUGACAUUCGAAGAAUGCAAAGAAGCUGAUUCAUCUACUCGUCAAGCAACUCAUAGGGUCUCGAGGGGCAUCCAUGAGAAGGGUCAUUCCAUCACCCGGAAGUUGAACUCAGACGGACAUGUUGACACAAUGCAGACUCUUCAUAAUCUUGAUGAAGAUGAACUUACGGGUUUUGAGGAAGCAUGGAAAGGAAAUGCCAGAAAAUAUCUCCCUGGGCUGGGCGAAGGAUUUGCUAGUCAAGAUUCUACAGGGUCUGGAAGCAUUAAUCAGCACAGGCUUAGCAGAGGUGGAUGGGCUCUUCCUUCAACCGAGAGGUCGAACACUCAAGGAAGCUCGAAACCAGAUAUCAGAGCCAUGGCUGCCUCUCCACGUCAUUCAGCAAGAGCCAAAACUGAUAAUAGUGGUCCAUCACGCAUUAGCUCUAAAGGAAAUGGAUCCUCCAAAAGGGCCAAUAAUAAACGUUAG